AUGGGAGAGCUUCGCGUCCACUCCGUGCUGGUGACCGGUGCCAACCGGGGCAUCGGCCUGGGGCUCGUCCAGCACUUCCUGGGGAUGCCAACCCCACCCAAGGUGGUCUUUGCAGGGUGCCGAGAGCCCAAGGGGCAGCGAGCGCAGGAGCUACAGAACCUGGCCUCCAAGCACCCCAACCUGGUCAUCCUCCCUCUCGACGUCUCCAACCCUGCCAGCAUCAAGGCAGCUGCAGCCACAGUCGAGAAGCACCUGGGGGGCUCAGGGCUGACCCUGCUCAUCAACAAUGCUGGGAUGCUCAAGAUUACUCCACCUGAGGAUGUGACCCUGGAAGACAUGAUGCAGGUUUACACCACCAACACCAUUGGGCCCAUGCUGAUGGGCCAGGCGUUCCUGCCCUUGCUGAAGAAGGCUGCCCAGGGGAGCCCAGGCUCAGCACUGAGCUGCAGCAAGGCAGCCAUCGUCAACAUCUCCAGCAUUGCUGGCUCCAUUGCAUCCUCCCUGAGUUUGGAUCCAAUGCAUAUUCUCUCCUACCGCUGCAGCAAGGCUGCUCUCAACAUGCUGACCAAGUGCCAAUCCCUUGGGUAUCGGGAGCACGGCAUCCUCUGCGUUGCUCUGCACCCUGGAUGGGUUCAAACUGACAUGGGAAGCGCUGGUGGGCGAAAGCCCCCCGUGACACUGGACGCCAGCGUGCGAGGGAUGCUGAAGGUGAUCUCCUCCCUCUCCGAGAAGGACACUGGCACCUUCCUGGACUGGGAAGGGAAGGUGGUGCCCUGGUGA